AUGGCUUAAAAUAAUAUCAAUAAGCUUGAAUCUUACAAUGAGAAGCAGCAGUCUGUAGGGAUUGUUAAGGCUAGUCACAAAGGGUCUUUGAAUCCAUUGUAUAACUCGGGCAAAAGCAAUUUUUUCACUCUAUCAUCUCUAGGAAAAAGGAAUCAAAAGAAUAACUCAGAAGAGCUUGAUAAUCAUCUGUAUAAGACUCUGAAUAAUAAGUUAUUUGACUUCGAAAAAAACUCACCAAAGACGUUACUUAAGCAGCCAUUGCAGAGUAAAGCUAAUAUGAUUAGAUAUUACUCUAAUAAUAAUCUAACUAGUACAAUUAAUGCUAUGAAGGAUCACUUCCUGAAGCAAGUGCAUGAGAAAAACCUGAUCAAACAAAGGUAGUACCUCUUAAAGCGAUAUAAAUCAUCUGGUUUAAUGAUUCCAAAUAACAGACUUAUCACUAGACCUCCUUCGAAAAUAGUUGUUGAUGAAUCAUCUAUCGAUCUAGACAAUUAUAUUUACUUAUAAAGAUAUCAAAUCCUUGAUAAUAAGCAAAAUGACGCUGCUAGCCUCUAAAUGAUAAAUAACUAAUAAAUGCAGGUAAUUCCAAGUGAGCUUGAUUAGUAUCUGGUUAAGCUUGAAAAGGGGGAGACAGAUUUUAACACAAGAAGGACCACUCUUUCCAAAUAAAGAAACAAUUUCAUGAUAAAUGAGUAAUUCAGAUAGGACGAGGCUGUAACUCCUUCCAUGUCAAGUUACAGGCCAGAUUAUUUAAGUAGUAAUAUAAGAGAACCUCGGUUCAAUCCGAUUGCUUAAAUUUAGCCAGAAAAAGUUAAUUUGUAAUAAAUAAGAAGUAGAUAUCUUAAAGCAAACAAUUCAUCUAAGAAUCUGAUUAAUAAAAAGACUUCAUCUAAACCAUCUGAUAAUUAAAUUGUUUAAUACGAGACUCUAGAUGAGUAAAAUAGCAUGGAGAGAACAAAGUCUCAUUAGUCACCAAGAGUUGUAAUUGAAUAAAAUUUGUUUAAUAAUUAAAUGAUAAGGCCAAAGACAACGAUUUCAUAUUAAAUUAAUGGGCCUGAUAACUAUAUCACAGUAUAAAAUGGUCCUUAGGGAAUGAAAACUAGAAAUUUGUGGUCAGGUAAAAGUAACUACUUCACAGGUUCGAGCAAGAAACUGAUACUCAAAAGUAAUGAUGAGUUGUUUAUGAACUUCUUUGAUGCAACCUCAUUGCCCUCACCCCCUAUUAUUCCUAUACAAGAAGCAGUCAAAAUGCAAAAUAACUGUGAGAAGGAGAGAUACUCUAAAAUACAGAAAGAGUUACAAAAGAUCCAAAAAGUAAUCAAUAACGAUCCAGAAAAUAAAAGGUACUUCGCUCUCACUGAUUAAGAAAUUGAUAAAUUUGUCCAGUACCUGGAGUUUUAUCAUGAGCCUCCUUUUAUUUUGCAAUAUACUCUGAAAGAUUUGCUAAUGGCAAUUAUUGACGGUAAUCUAGAUCUAGUUCUCAAGUAUUAGUAAAAAUUUGACAAGAGAUUGCCUUCACCAUUAGCAUCAAGUUCACCACAAACUAAAAGGUACAGAGGCAAGAGUUCUAAAAAGAUAAUUAUAAACUCGGUUGAUUAUGUUCCGAUAAAACAAGUAAUAUCGCAUUAUAAAUAAGAAAUGGUUUCGAAUUCCUGCAAGAUUAGGUUCAAGUCUCCAAUUGAUAUAGAACAAGACAAAAUUAAGAAUCUCAAAGCAGCUGAAGAUCCCGAAUAUUAAAGCAAUAAACUGGCGCUUAAGUAAAGAUAUGAAAUUGAGACUCUAAUGAAAGAAAGAGAUAGAUAUAAAAAAGACUAAGUUGAUAAGAUGAAAAAUAGAAUGAAUUCAUUUAUGUAAGAUAAAAUGGACAAGGGGCUUGAUUUGGAAGCAAACAAAAAGAUCUCAACUGACAUUAAUAAAGUUAAAAAUUUUUACAACAUGUAGUAUGACUCUACUAUAAGACUUGAGAUACAAUCUUGA